UUACAACCAUCUAGGAAUGAUGUGCGUCAACAAGAUCCUCCCCAUCAACGCUACUUGACAACAUCAACUAAAAGUCUACAAUGCCUGAGCAGGAGAUCACGCCCCUGCAUAUAAAUCCCUGUGGAGGGCCAAACGCUGAAUCGGACGCAGGAUCAAGUUUUGAACCUUCCCGUGACGCCGAGAUAUAUUUGGAUUUGGGGAAAACAACGGAUGGCGAUGACGAUGACGAUAACGAUGAUGAAUCGGACACAUCCACUGUCCAGUACGAACAGGAGUCCUUCGAUACCUUUAAGUUUAGAGUGCUACAAUUUGCCCAGCGGAUCUGGAAUGUAUCAUCAGCUGAACACAUUACGAUCGAAAGAUUGCGGGGAGGAGGAUACAAUCGGGUUAUUGGUAUCACUGUCGACACGCCUGGAGCAGCCGGAAGCGCUCAGUAUAUUCUGCGGAUCGCGCGGUCUUAUAGACCUAGAGUCGACCGAGACGCUGCCGCCUUCAUCUUCGCCAAAAGAUGUGGUGAUCUCGUACCAGGAUGUAUGCCAGUUCCUCAUGUGCUGGCCUUUGAAGAAGCACCUUGCAAUGAACUGGACGCUCCUUACAUGAUCCAAAGCCGGCUACCGGGGGAAAACCUUCGCACAACAUUCCUAGAUCUGGAACACCAUCAAAAAGUCCAAGUAGCGACACAACUUGGCCGCAUAGUUCGCCUCAUGCUAUCUGUCAAGAAACCUCAGGCAGGGCAGAUUGCCUUUUCUGCAGAUUCUCGAGCCAUGAAUAUCUGCAACCAUCGGAUCGACUCAUCUAUCCCCUCGGACAGAAGUUCCUUUUUUCUCCCACAGCCCAUCAUAGAGCCUUUCUUAACCUCGCCUGUGUUGCAACAUAACAGGUCUUGUUCUACCGGAGAGUUUAUAAUAGGCAAAUUCAAGUCACGAAAGAAAGCGCUUGAAGAGGAAAAUGUGGAUGAAUCCACAAAGUAUUUCGACGAAGACUAUCUGGACCAACUAAUCACCAUGACCACAGAGAUGGAUAGUGAGGGAUGGUUCAGGAACGUUCCGUUCUCUCUGUGCCACUGGGAUUUUGAACCUCGAAACAUUCUUCUUAGCUCCGACCGAGACGCGUCAUCAGAUGUCAAUAUCACAGGUAUCCUAGACUGGGACCACGCCAGCAUUGCACCAGCUUUCAUGUCGUGUAGGCCGCCAAUGUGGAUCUGGGCAUGGGAUGAUGAAGAUGAUGAGGAUGAGCGCCUGGCCAACGAUGAGCCUGCCACGCAAGAGGAUCGUGAACUGAAACAAUGUUUCGAAGAAGCUGCUGGGCCAGAGUAUGUGCGUUACGCAUAUCCUCCGCCAUAUCGACUUGCUCGAAGACUUGUGCGGUUUGCAAUCGAAGGAUUCAGUCCCAAUGAUAACAACAUGCGCUUCAGUCACUUCUAUCAAGAAGCCGAAGCAAUGAUGGCAGAAUGGGCUGGCAUGCGGACAGUCUCUCCUGUAGAGCGUCAGGAGGGUCCUUGCGACGAAGUGCAACAGAAUGGUACUGGAGAAGAGUGCUCGACAGAAAGCAUUGGGACCACCAGUGACGAAGGGGCUGUGUUCGUUGAUCCGGACCAGGACUAG